GUGAAUUUACAUAUAUCUUUACCUCACACGUAUUAUUUUUUUUUUUUAAAUACUGACAUGUGAACAGUAUUUUCAGUAGUUAUUAAACGUCGAAUAUUGUGUUUCUUUUGUGAUAUAACAGACGGCACCGUUACAUUCUUCUUUCACUAUAAAUCUGUGUAAAAAUGUCCAAUUUUGAACUGCAGGGAACUAGGCUAAGUGAGAGCAGUGAAGAUGAAAGCUCGGAGCCCCCAAGGAAGCGGCUGUACUCCAAAUUUACUCUGGAUGGAACAGAGAGCAGUGCAGAUGAAAGCUCAAAGCCUGCAAGGAAGCGACUACACUCCACAUUUACUCUGGAUGGAACAGACCGGAGCAGCACAGACCACAGUCUGCCAGAUGAUGACCUUCAGUUGAGUGAUGAAGAGACUGAGACUAGUUUGAUGGACAACAUGGUGAAGCACAUCAAAUCUGAAAGGUUUUGUGAUCCCAAGGGUCAGAAGAUGAUGGAAAGAAUGGGCUACAGAGAAGGGCAUGGCUUGGGGAAGCAUGGCCAAGGUAGAGUAGCUCCAGUGGAGAUGUCUCAUCAGCGUGGCAGACGAGGUUUGGGUUUACACAUAAAAGGGUUAGAAGCUGCCACCCUCCAGUGGGAUAGUAGUCUUGAGGUGAUAUCAGUUGAGGAAUCUGUCUCAUGGCUGGAGAACAAGGUACAUGAAAUAUUCACAAGAGAUAUACUUAAUGGGUGGAUUAAGGAAGGAAGCAAAAAAAUGAGGAUUGAUGAUGAAACAAAAUUCUGUGAUCCUAAUUUACUUAGGAAUGUUCUUAGUUCUAAGAAUGUUUUUGAUAAACUGGAUCCAGAAGAAAUGCGAAAAGCUAGAACAAGAUCAAAUCCAUUUGAAACAAUCAGAGGUGGAUUCUUUCUGAAUCGAGCUGCCAUGAAAAUGGCUAAUAUGGACAGAGUUUUUGAUUUCAUGUUCACAAACCCAAAAGAUGAACACAAUGAAGAAAUAGUAGGUCCCCAUGACUUACUGUACUUUGCAGACGUAUGUGCAGGCCCAGGUGGCUUCUCAGAGUAUGUUUUAUGGCGCCGAUCCUGGAAGGCAAAGGGAUUUGGAUUCACUCUGAAAGGAAAGAAUGAUUUCCGCUUACAAGAUUUCUAUGCUGGUCCUUGUGAGACCUUUGAGCCCCACUAUGGCUGUAAAGGAAUGGAUGGAGAUGGAGACAUCUUCAAUCCUGAUAACAUAUCAGUGUUCUCUAAGUUUGUAAUGGAUCACACGCACAACUUAGGAGUUCAUUUCAUGAUGGCUGAUGGUGGCUUCUCAGUGGAGGGACAAGAAAACAUCCAGGAGAUAUUGUCAAAACAGCUGUACCUGUGCCAGUUCCUGGUAGCCCUAUUAAUUGUGAGAACAGGCGGUCACUUUGUAUGCAAACUGUUUGACCUGUUCACCCCAUUUAGUGUUGGAUUGGUGUACCUAAUGUACAAAUCCUUUCAGAGGAUUAGUAUCCACAAACCUAAUACAAGUCGUCCAGCGAAUUCUGAAAGGUACAUAAUAUGCCAGUGGAAACGAGAAGACUGUAAUAUUAUUGCUGACUACAUGUAUCAUGUUAAUGAGCAGUUGUGCAAAUUUGGUUCAACUUCAAAUAAGGAUAUUGUGGAAGUGGUUCCUCUUGAAGUUUUAACCUCUGAUCACAAUUUCUUUAACUAUAUAGUUCAUUCAAAUAACAGCCUGGGAGAGCGGCAAGUCGUGAACCUAGUGAAGGUAGCUGCUUUCUGUAAGGACACAAAUCUCGUAGAGCCCCAGCAAGCCGAGCUGAAGCGGCAGUGUUUGAGUUUCUGGGAAGUGCCUGAUAAAGCAAGAACUGCUCCGCCCAGAGUUGCACCUGAAGCAAAGUGUAAUGAAAUUCUCAAGAAAACCAAAGUUGGAUCUUCAGGGCUUCUGUCUGCCAAGGAGUCUGAAUUGGGACCUGAAAUUCUAGAAAAUGUGUUCAAAUCAGUUUAUGAUUGGCACUGCAUUGUUCUAGGUGCCUCUAGAGACCUCAGACAGGAUUGUUCAUUUUACUUAGGGUUGGGUCGUAACAGAGUGUUCAGGCUUGAUGGCAGUCGGUGGUUCAAAGUAGAGAACCUUGAACUGAGUCCGGACACCCUUCUAUAUGGAGAGAUAGUGAAGGAACUCAAAGGGGAGGGCAGGUCACAACGCAAGGUUUCAACAUUGCACAUUAUUGAUGCCAUUUCCCUUGGAGGAACAGAUAUAUCAGGAGAACAUCUCACAUUGAGAAUGAAAUUGUGUGCCAAGUUUGCAGAAGCUCUCAACAAGGAGAGCAGACCAGACCUUAUACCUAUACGUGUGAAGAAACUGCAUGACCUGGAGUGUGUUGAAGCAGUAUUUUCCAAGUUAACCCAGCGCAUGACCAAAGGAGCAGGAGGAAGUUACCGCCUGGUAUAUAAUGUAGAAGAAAGUGAUGAUAGGUUCUUCUUACCAGGUGGACUGAUGUUCUUUAAAGCUACUCAAGAACCGUGGAUGAGACACAUGAGCCGCAGUACUCUUCAUACAUAUUAUGGUAGUCCACAUGUAAGGGAGUCACUAUAUGACAGAGAUCGUCCUAAAGAAGCAUGUUCCAGUACCAUGAGUUGUUUCAAGAAUCGAUAUGUCUGGUGGUGGGAGCAAGGUGUCAAAGUUCAUGAUGCCCACACUGCUGAGGAAGGUAAACUGCACAGAGACCAGCUCGUAUCUUUUGUCCACAGGAAAUGCAUCCGCAGAACAAAGACAAGAUGAGUAUCAAGCAUCAGUGCAUCAGUCUACAAACAGGAAUCGUUAUUCAGUGAAUAAUAUCUUCAUAAAUAUUUCAAUGGAUAAACAUGACAUGUGGUGGAAAUUUCAUUGCUUCAGCUAGGGUGUAAAGAGCCCACAUUGUGAUCCUUGUGAGUGAGAAUUUUGAGUACUGUCUGGACACUGAAGGCAGUUCGUAGGUAGCUUUUCCAACUUUACCUACCAUUGGUGUAGGCUGCCUGCACUGCUGUCCUUGCACUCUUUACAACCAUGCAUCUUCAAGACCCAGUUAAACAGUAACAUAGGAAAGAAAUCACAUAGUUUCAGAUAUAUUACCAUAAUUCCUUCCUUUAGAAAAAUCUUUAUUAGAAUCUGUCACAACACAACAAUGAGAUGGUCAAGGUCAGUAUUACCUUAGCUACAUGUUUCGGCUUUUAAAGCCAUCAUCAGGCAAAUACACAGCCACUACACUCACAAACUAUUUAACUAAAUUGCAAUACGAUGGUAUAAUAGUGCUGGAUACUUGACACACUAUAAUAAUAUGAAGUAUAAAAAAUACAAUAAAAGUAUAAAAUUGAUAUAAAACGAAAGUUAUGCAAUUAAAAAUAUGGUUAAAACUAUUCAUGUAAUAUUUCAUAUUAUGAAGUCUGUUGUUGCAAUUGUAUUGUUAUAUUCCAGAGGACAUAUAGUGGUAUUAAUCUUGCCUUGUACUCGUAUGGAAAGGUUAACUGCUUGGAGGCCCGUGGCAUUAGUGCAGUAUUAUUUAGUAUUUAUUGUUUGACCGGUGCCUGAUUUUACGUGUAUAUGUCCGUUCUGGUGGGGAGACAGAUUGCACCUUGUCUCAUUGUUGUGUUGAGGUAGAUUCUAAUAAAGUUUUUGUAUAAUAAACACAACAGGAUGCACCCAAUGAAAAAUCCUUCUUUUAGUGUUAUACUGAAAGCAUUUUGGAACAGUGCAAACUACACAUAACACCAGUGUUUAAUUUACCAGGACUGGUUUGCUUUCAAAUGUAUACACAGUUUACAGUAACCUAUUCUAAGCAUCUUCGCAAAAAUUGUAUAUUGACUGUUAUCUUCACUAUAAUAUUCUGGGGGUAUGUUCUGCCACAGUUUGGUACAGGAUGUAUACAUGACAAUUUGUCAAGCAGGUUUUAUGAUGAGUCACAUUAAUCCAUCAGCAUUGCUAACAGACAGCCAAAUGUUGUUCAUUUCCAAAUUUAUUUGUGUGAUUCUCAUAAAAUUCAGUUUAGUUAACAUGCUCAAGAAAUUACCAUGGACCAGCAUUAUUCUGUUGACAUUGCCAUCAUAUUUAAUGUUAUAGGAACAUGUCUGUAUAUCACAGAUUGUAAUUUUUGACAUCCUGCUAAAAUUAGGAUUACUUUUUUGUCAGUGUUCUGUGCUGAUAAAUGAAAGGUUUCGCUUAAAUUAUUGCGCUGUUGAACACUUAUAAAUCUAGAAGUCUGUUCAGCCAAAGUUUUCUGUUGCCUGUGAACCAUUUAAUUUCACAGUGACUUAGUCAUAUAAGGGAGCAGGCGGUAGCAUAGUUGGUUGAGGCACUAUGCUACAAGCUGGAAGGUCACGGGACCAAAUCCUGAUGAGUUGGAUU